AUGUCGUCGAUAUUCAGUCUGAACAGGAGGAAGAAGGAGCGCAAGGAGCAGUCGCGGGAACAGUCCCCGGGUCCCUCGCGGUGUGCAGGGCCAGUUGGGUCAACACUCACCAUGCCCACGCCUGAACCGCACCAGCACCAGCACACACAGGCGCAGGGUCAUACGACAACUUUAGAUGCAACGGCCUUUUUGCAGCAGGAGUACAAGCAGUGGGAGAAGGCGCACGCGCGGAUGAAGGACGCGCCGCCCGCGGACGGGCAUGAUUACCUCAAGCACGCGGCGGGACUGCUCGUGCUGCUCGAGAGCGCGGGCGUUGGGGAUACACUGCUCACGAAAGCUGUGAUUGAGUGUUUCAAGGCAGCUGUGAUGUUCGAGCAGGAUCGGAGGGAGAACGAUGCGCGUGUCACGGCUGUGUUCCUCGCCCAGACGGAUGUGAUGCGCAUUUUGCUCGAUGUGGAUGAUAUUGCCAAUCGUCGGCGGAACAGGCUGAAUGCUGAUGUUUUGAGGUCGGACGCGACGCUCAAUGACAUUCUGGUGUCCAUCCAGAAAGAAAUCAAGUCCUGCGGGAACAGCAUCGAUACAUAUUACAACGAGUCGCGAUUUGUAAAAUUCUGGAAAUCGCAGGACUGGAAAGAACGUAUUCUAGCACACAUCGAGAAGUUCAACAAAUUCCGCAUCGAACUGCAGCAGGCACUCUCCAUCCAAGUCGCGUCAGGGGUCGAAGACCUCGUAUCCAAAAUGGAUAUCGUGCUCGCGCGGUUCUUCACGCCAAAACACGACUGGGAAAAGGCGCUCGACGCGCGCACCCAGCAGAGCAACAACAACAGCGGCAACAACGGCAGCACCAACCUCUGGGCGGGCGAUACCAGCACGCUGCAGUCGCUCAUCGCGCUGACACAGGACCCAGCGUCGAUCGCCUCGGACAAUGCGGCGUCGCCGAUGGCGUUCGCGGCGGACAUGCAGCUGUUCAAGGUGAAGAGGGAGCUCGAGUCGUCGCUCGACGCGCUGUGCGAUCGCAAUAUGGGCAAGUUUGAGAUGAAGCUCAGUUUCCACGCGCAGCAGAUGGAGCAGGCCAUUGCGAACUCGGCACAAUUGGUUAUUCAGAGUUUGUCUGGACCCAGCGAUCGGCUGGCUAACGAGGACCUCAAGGAGCUGUGGAAGGAGAUGGAUUGGAUAUUCUGCGUGGAUAAUAAAUUCUUCGUCAGCGCGCUCUUUGAGUUCUACCUCGAUAGAUUCUCGUCCAAACACGCCAUCCCUACUGGUCCUAUAUUCAAAGACGGCGAACCCACCAGCGACGCACACCAAAAGGGCACCCUCGACUGGUUCAAACAAAUGUUUGCCAUCUCCGUCUCAGCGCCCAAGUUCAGCUUCCUGUCCAAGCUCGGCGCGAUCAAUCACCCAGACGCGUGGACGCUGGAGUAUAUCGCGUUGCAUGGCGAGCAGAUUACGAAGACGAUUGAUAGCGACGAUUCAGGGUUUAUCAGAAUCAGUGAGGCCAAUGCGUUUGCGCAGCAGUGUCCUAGAGGGUGGAGUCUGCCGCAGUGGUGUGCGUAUUCUGCUGCAGGUUGGGCAUAUGAGGCGCGCAUAUAUCGAAGGCGAAUCAGUCACCUCACGUUCAAGCUGACGGAGAUGCAAGCAAGUGUUCUUCCCAGCAAUAGAGGCUACCUCUUCCUAUUCUCACUUCUCAAUUUUUGCACCAUCUGCCACGCUUUCACCCGUGAGCCGACAAACCAAAACGUGAAUACAUUUGCCCCUGAGCUACGUGAGCUUGUCAAGGAGAAGGUCCUACACCAAGAUGAACUAUAUCGCGAACAUUUGCAUUCCUUGAAAUGGACUGUCGAAGAUGAAUCGACAAUACAUCUGCUGUACGGUGAAAAGGAUCCUGAAAAGUUUUGCACACUUAUUCUGGAGCAACUGUUGGCGUUGAGUAAUGUGUGUCGUACGGCUACUGUGGAUGUCAGAGAGUGGAUUCGUCUGUCGGCGGCGUUCCGAGUUAUGCGAGAGAUCACUGUCAAGCGAGUGUCUGAACUGAGUGACAUUGCAACCUACCAUGGAGGAAUAUGGUCCUACGUCGUACACGAACUUGACAUCAACAAGAUCAACACCCUCAGCAGCGACAUGUUCGUUCCUUACACGCGCCAAGAGCUGGCAGAGGCGCUUGCGGACAGACCUAUCCUCAAUGACUUCCCUCCUACAAUGACGCCUUUGUAUCUGGAGUUCCCGACGUGGGAGGACUAUGUUAAAACGCUUGACCCGGCUGAUGUGCCUUCGACAAUACCGAGGACUUGGGAUCCGAUUGAUGAUACCAUGUUUAGCCAUCUGAUGAGCAGGACUGAACAAGCUGAUUUUCCGUUCACUGGAUGGGGCUGCGAUCGGUGCAGAAAUAUUCAAACGCAAGAACGGCGUCAUACGUGUAUCCAAUGCCCAGGACAGGAUUUCUGCCGAGAUUGUCUCACACUUGAGGGGAACGAGUAUACCCCUAAACACACACCCCGACAUUCGUAUCUGCUGGUGUGCUUUAUCUUUAUGCCCGAGGAACAGCAGCGGCUUAAUUUGGAGGCGGAGAAUAUACUUGAACAGCUACAACAGCAGUAUCGUGCUCAACAGAGGUCCAUAUCUGGUGUGGGUUCCAAGGCAAAGGAUUCCCCUGAAAAAGAGGAGGAAAAGCCCUCGCUAGAGGGCGGUGUAGAAGAAAACAAGCAACAUGAAGAAACACAAGAAACUGUUACAAGUGAUGAGAUUCCGACAAAGGAAGAAAGCGCGGUGAGCGACCCUGCUGAACUCCCCGCCGUCGAGGAGGCAAAACCACCAGAGACUCUUGAAGAAUCUGGAGAGAAAGAGAAAAGUAUUGAACCAAAUUACUAUCUCUGUCACAAAUGUCAACCGGAACGAUUUGAAGCCAAUGAGAAUGAUCAUCAAUGGUGGCACACACUCCUGUGUCUCCGAAAAGACCUCAUUACAAGCCCUCUCUCUGAUCCCUUACCAGAGGUGGAACCAACCAAAGUGGAAGAUGAAAAACAAGAAUCCGAAGUAGCCAAAGAGGAGAGCACGGACGAGAACAAACCAGAAGAUGACCCCACCGCCGUUCUGGCUAGGAUAUCCAAUAUCGAAGACAAGUUGGCGGUUCUGGACAACAUCCAUUCGUGCAAUUCCGCAUUAGAGCAGAAGGUGGAUAAACUCGAGGCCAAGUUGGACAGUGUGAUGGCGGCUUUGGAGACAUUGUUGGGCAAUCUCCCUGUGAGGGAGGUGGCUUGA